CACUCCUAUCUUCGUUUUCCUUGAGAUCAAACAAGGACGGGAAAGUGCGAGAAAAUCCGGCAUGAACAAUGGGGAUACCUCAAGCAAUGGAUUUUCUCAAGGACAGAGCAGCAUUUGUGAGGGAUUCACUGCAUAAGAGUCAGACCAUUACCGACAACAUGGUCGCCAUUCUCGGUUCUUUUGAUCACCGCCUCUCCGCCCUCGAGACCGCUAUGCGUCCAACUCAGAUAAAAACACAUUCGAUUCGAAGGGCGCAUGAAAACAUUGACAAGACACUAAAAGCUGCUGAGGUCAUCUUGAUGCAUUUCGACCUGUCCCGCAAGGCGGAGGCAAAAAUAUUGAGAGGCCCACACGAAGAUCUUGAAAGCUAUUUAGAAGCAAUUGAUCAGCUUAGAUCCAUUGUCAGUUUCUUCAGCAACUACAAGAGUAUGAAAAAUACAGAUACAGUCCUGAAUCAUGCGAACAACUUACUUUCUAAAGCUAUCUCGAAGUUAGAAGAUGAGUUCAGAAAUCUCUUGACAAAUUACAGCAAGCCUGUGGAACCUGAUCGCCUUUUUGACUGCCUGCCAAACUCUCUGAGGCCUACUGGUCAACAAGGUGAGGGCGGUGGCAAAGGUCAUUCCGAAAGCCAGAAAAAGACACUGGAAAAACCCGUUUUCACACUUCCGACGCUGAUUCCACCGAGAGUUCUGCCUUUGCUACAUGAUUUAGCGCUGCAAAUGGUUCAAGCCGGCCAUCAACAACAGCUUUUUCGAGUUUACAGGGACACCCGCGCUGCAGUACUGGAACAGAGCCUUAGGAAGUUAGGUGUAGAGAGGCUCAGCAAAGAUGAUGUUCAGAAAAUGCAGUGGGAGGUUUUGGAGGCUAAGAUUGGAAAUUGGAUUCAUUACAUGCGGAUUGCUGUCAAAUUGCUAUUUUCUGGGGAAAAGAAAAUCUGUGAUCAAAUAUUUGAGGGGGUUGAGUCGUUAAGAUCUCAAUGUUUUGCUGAAGUUACUGCUAGCAGUGUGGCUAUGCUUCUUAGCUUUGGAGAGGCAAUUGCUAAAAGCAAGAGAUCUCCGGAAAAAUUAUUUGUUCUUCUGGAUAUGUAUGAGAUAAUGAGAGAACUUCAAUCAGAGAUUGAGACAAUUUUUGGAAGUAAAGCUUGCAUGGAAAUGCGGGAGACUGCAUUGAGUUUGACCAAGCGGCUAGCUCAGACAGCCCAAGAAACCUUUGGUGACUUUGAGGAAGCAGUUGAAAAGGACGCCACUAAGACUACUGUAUUAGAUGGAACUGUCCAUCCUCUAACUAGCUAUGUGAUUAAUUAUGUGAAAUUUCUAUAUGAUUAUCAAUCGACUUUGAAACAACUUUUUCAAGAAUUUGAUGCUGGUGAUCCAGAAGAGCAGUUAGCAUCUGUCACAACAAGAAUUAUGCAGGCACUUCAAAAUAAUUUAGAUGGAAAAUCAAAGCAGUAUAAGGAUCCCGCAUUGACCCAGUUGUUUCUUAUGAACAAUAUCCACUACAUAGUGAGAUCUGUGAGAAGGUCAGAUGCAAAAGAAAUGUUGGGGGAUGACUGGGUGCAAAUACACAGAAGAAUUGUGCAGCAGCAUGCAAAUCAGUAUAAAAGAAUCUCUUGGGCAAAGAUAUUGCAGUGCCUCACUGUCCAAGGAGCUAAUUCAUCAGGUGGUGGAGAUAGCAAUAGUGGAGUUUCCAGAGCUUCGAUUAAAGAUAGGUUCAAGACUUUUAAUGUUCAAUUUGACGAGCUUCAUCAAAGACAAUCUCAAUGGACAGUUCCUGACAGCGAGUUGCGUGAAUCCCUAAGGUUGGCUGUUGCUGAAGUACUUUUGCCUGCCUAUAGAUCUUUCAUUAAACGUUUUGGGCCUAUGAUAGAGAAUGGCAAAAAUCCCCAGAAGUACAUUAAAUACUCUCCGGAGAAUCUCGAGCAAAUGCUGGGCGAAUUUUUCGAAAGCAAGACGUGGAAUGAACAGAAGCGGUGAAUUAUAGCAUACUUGAUUUUAACAUUCUAGGCACUUCGGCGCUUACCACGAUUGAU